UAGAAUAAAACUGGAAAAAAGGGAUGUGUAUUAGGCAAAGAAGACAAAGAAUGAAGAAAAGCAAGGUUAACGUAACAGUGUAGGGGUGACUUCUGAGUGCUCAUACAACGAGAGUGACUGAACAUACGUGUCAGACAUGAGAGGUUUUAUUAUAAGGCUGAUGUCUGUCUUCUUUUUUGCCUCCUUCAGCAGCUUGCUGAUUUGGCAAUACAUAACUUAUAGUAAUGCAGGUCUUCGUGGACCACGGAAUACACACGAAUUGGCUAACAGCAGUGUUGCGGCUGCCAGCAGUGCACAAAGCAUCAAACCCCAGCUAGCACACAGGAAAAAAAUAGUUCGACGUAUUGUUGUAAAAGUUGCAAAAGGCCGUGCAAAGGGUAAUCCAGUUCUUAGCAAACAACGCAAUGUUAAACAAAUUUCUAACAUCAAAAAAGCAGCUGCCAGCAAUCCAAACAACGCUAAACCAGUUCCUGCAAACACCAAGGAUUCUAUAUUUAUUGACAAACUUUUAGCAAAUUACAGUUCCAACUGGACAAAGCAGGAGAGCAACUUUCAGAUGUACAGGUCACUUCUAGGCAGCAGUUGCAAUGCCAUUUCCAAUGCAACAGUUAACCAAGACAACUCACCUGUUGGCACAAAAUUUACUUAUGAUGGAGAUAAUAAAAGGACAAGGGAGGUGACAUCAACUCUGUUCAACCUAUUUCCUAAGGAGAACCCUUUUAAAAAAGCUCCAUAUGACUCGUGUGCUGUGGUGGGUAAUGGAGGCAUCUUAGCCAACAGCAGCUGUGGAAAACAAAUCGACUCUGCUACAUAUGUCAUCAGGUGUAAUCUUCCUCCACUACAAGGACAUGAGAAAGAUACAGGAAAAAAAACAAACCUUGUCACAGCCAACCCCAGCAUCUUCUAUGAACAGUACCAAGCAUUAAAUGAGCGCCGGCGAUCAUUUGCGAAGGACAUGCAGUUGUAUGGGAACGCUCUGAUCUUGCUGCCUGCAUUCUCAUUUCAACGGAACACAGAUGUUUCCCUGCGUGUCAUUUACGCGCUGGAGGACUUUAGCGACAGUGGCCCACAGCCGGUCUUCUUUAACCCAAUCUACCUGAAAAGCUUGGAUGAAUUUUGGCAUGGCAGAGGAAUUCUCUCAAGACGCCUCAGCACUGGUAUCAUGAUGGCCAGUUUGGCAUUGGAGCUCUGUAACAAUGUCCACCUGUAUGGCUUCUGGCCCUUUGGAACUCACCCGUUCAGCAACACGCAGCUCAGCAACCACUAUUACAAUAAUCGACCAGUUAACAGAAGAAUGCAUGCAAUGCCAUCUGAGUUUGAAGCCUUGCUGAAUCUCCAUAAUAAUGGUGUAAUCCAUCUGCACCUAGGGGAAUGCACAAAUUAAACUAUUUGGUCUACACGCUAAUCAACUGUACCAUACGCUUAUGGUAUUAAUUUGCUAAUCUAAAGUAGAUUACUGAAUUACUUAGCAAAAGAUGAAGCACGUACAUAAAAAACCCACUGCUGAGCAAUAUUAAUAUAUUAAUAAUAAUAAUAAUACCAUAGUAUUACUGUGGUACUUUAGAUAUUACCAUUGUAGGCAGCAUAGUAUUUUGGAAAGUAGUCUAGUAGGUACUGUGCCACUUUAAUAGAUACUGUAGUGUGUAACAUGGUACUUAUUUUGUACCACACUGGCUACCAAUUAUCUAAUAUGGUAUGUUUAUACAUACUUUUUCAUAUUAUAUACAUAAUGGUAUUGUACAGGCAGUACAAUAUUAGAUUUUUGCCUAACUUUGGUUACCACUCUGGUGCUUAAAAACAAACUAUGGUAUACAUAUUCAAUUAAUAAUUUAAUCUUUUUGCCAGUUAUUUUUUUCUGCAUUCUAGGUUACUUCAAGGUGCUUGUAUUUAAAACCCUGUAAGAUCAUGAUACUGAGCAGUGAUUUCCUUGGUGGUGUUGGAGCAGUGUUGGAGCAAUCAGAGUUACAUACAUAACAUAGUUAUUGCCUGUAUUUCUUACAUUGAUGAAGGUUUAUGAUGCUCAACAGUGAAUGAAAGAGCUAGUACUUUUUAGAAAGAGUUUGCACUUUUUGUAAUAAUAACUGAGAAAAACACUGUGAGCUAGUGUACUGUAUGUGGCUGAUUACAAAUGGCCUUUAAUGCACCUCUUCCACAAGCUGUUUUGGUGUUCUGCUGUUAUAGUAAAUGCACAGUUCCUCAAUAUUACUAUAACUUGAGCCACAAAUACAGUAGGGCUUGGACUGUAUGUUUUGAUAAAUGAAUGUGUCUUCCUUGACUGUUUUACAUAAAUGUUUAAAUUAUGAUCAAAUUGUUAAAAUAGUACUCUCUUUAGGUUUUUCCCCUUGAUGUAGUCUUACAAAAUAAAUUUUACAAAUUCCAAAAUACAA